CGCCAUCACCAGGCGGCGCUCUGUGUUACAGGCGGAUGCUGUUUGGCAGCAUGAUAGACGACGGGAUUGACCCAAAUCACCACGCUGUAUCCAGAGUCAGGGUAAAUGCAUAGAAAGUGGAACUUCUCCGUAGCCAGAUUGGCUUCAGCCUUCAUCACUUUGUCCAUAAGAUUCAAGAGCACCAAGGCAAGACCCUCAGCUCCACUGGGUUCCCGGAUCCUCACCAGUCCUGAUGACAUCUUUAAGCACAACAUGUGGGAUCAUGUGCAGUGGACAAAAGAAGAUGAAGAAAACGCACGGCAGAGAGCAGAAGAAAAUUCUAGUGUACAACUUCCUUUAACAGACCAAGGUAAAUUUGACACAGGUGCUUGCCAAUAUUGGGACAAGUUUUACGAGGUGCACCAGGAUAAGUUCUUCAAAGAUCGCCAUUGGCUGUUUUUGGAGUUUCCAGAGCUGCUUCCAUCUUGGAUGAAAGAGCAGUCCACAAUCACCGGCCACGAUCAUCAGCGGCCAGAAAACCUGUUUCAAGCCAGAUCUGGAGCGGACGCAGAGAUGGGACCCCAUCAACACAAGGAUCCCACCCCGACCCACAGAAGUGUAGACCACACUUAUUUCCAGAAAGAAGCACAAGAACAGAAUGAAGCUGCCACACAAAACUCCUCUUAUCCUGGACACCAAGCAUCCUUCAGGAUCUUAGAGGUUGGAUGUGGAGUUGGUAACAGUGUAUUUCCAAUUGUUAAUAACAUCAAGGAAACAAACUCGUUUUUAUACUGUUGUGACUUUUCCCCUCGAGCCAUUCAGCUGGUUAAGGCCCAUCCAGAUUACGAUGACUCUGUCUGCCAUGCCUUUGUCCAUGACAUCUGUGAGGACGUGGCCUCCUUUCCCUUUCCUCCUCUGAGCCUGGAUGUAAUCCUGGCUGUUUUUGUGCUCUCCUCCAUCCACCCUGACCGAAUGCAGGGAGUCGUGGAGCGCCUUUCUGCUAACCUGAAGCCUGGAGGGAUAUUUCUCUUCCGUGAUUAUGGCAGAUACGACUUGUCACAGCUCAGGUUUAAGAAGGGACGAUGCUUAUCAGAGAAUUUCUACACACGUGGAGAUGGAACUUGCGUUUAUUUUUUCACAAAAGAAGAGGUUCAUGAUUUAUUUUCCAAAACUGGACUGGAGGAAAUCCAGAAUCUGGAGGACAAGCGACUACAAGUAAACCGAGGAAAGAAAGUUGUUAUGCGCCGGGUCUGGAUGCAAAGCAAGUUCAGGAAACCGCAACCAAGUUGACAUCUCAACACUCCACCAAAUACUACUGUAUUUCUAACCUUUUCUUUUUUGUACAUUCCCUUAUUAAGCAUUUCAUUGUGUGUGUAGGUUUUAAUAAGUGUACCAUGUGUGUGCACGUUUUGAACAAAAUUCUGUAUAAUGCAAUAAAGUAAGAGCAAAUUGCUAAUUUAAUCUCUUAUUGUAUUGAUACUGACUGAUGAUGAUGAUGAUGAUGAUGAUGGUUGUAUUGGGAAAGCUUGUCAGAGACUAAAUGCUGAACAUUAUACUUCUACUGUACAUGUAAAACUUUGACUGGGGUUCUAAUUUAUUUGAAUUAAAAUUGGAGACUUAACUUUUAUUACAUGUAUCAUGGAACCCUGUUUUUUAUCCCCUGCCAAUAUGUAAAGUUUUUCAAUGCUAUUUAAAAAAAAGGCAUAAAUAAAAGCAGUAGGAUGAAAUCCUAAUGAAAUUACAAAAGUGAAAUUUAAUGAAAUGGUGAAACUUAAUGGCAUGUCUUUUCCAGAAUUUAACA